GACAUAUACUUCCAUGUCAAUUACAACACCAGACGUCGUUUCCCACUGAAAGGUUAAUUACCAGCAGUCCUCUGUGGCUCCACUUGACAUUUAAUGAGUUUAAAUUUGAUCUUUCUCCAGAGCCACGAUUCGAUUUUGAGAGUUUCCGACGACGACGAAGAAACAGAAAUCGAAGAAACUGCAUAUGAUUUCCACGAUUUUAACAUUCAUCAGGCAGUCAUUAAGGUUGUGGUUGAUGUUGGUUCAGGAACAGGGAUUCUUUCAAUAUUUUGUGCUCAGGCUGGUGCAAAACGAGUUUAUGCUGUGGAAGACACUGAAAUAGCAUUGCAGGCACAAAAAGUCAUGGAGGCCAAUAAUCUAUCUGAAAGGGUCAUUGUUUUACAUGGAUAUGUGGAGGAUGUUGGAAUUAAUAAAAAGGUCGAUGUUAUAGUUUCAGACUGGAUGGAUCAGUUACUUCUCUAUAACUAUGAGAACAUGUUGGGGAGCGUCCUUACAGCCAGAGAUCGCUUGCUAAAACCUAAUGGUCUUAUUAUGCCUUCAAGUGCGACGCUGUAUAUAGCUCCUGUCACUCUUCCUGACAGAUACAGUUCAAAAAUUGAUUUCUGGCGCAAUGUUUAUGGAAUCGACAUGUCUGCUAUGGUACCUUGGGCAAUACAAGAUGCAUACGAAGACCCGUGUGUGGAGAAGAUUAAGAGUGAAAAUCUUUUAGCAUUGCCUCAAGUGGUGAAGCGUGUGGACUGUUAUACAAUUAAUAUAAAGGAGCUAGAAUCAUUUAAAUCAAUAUUCGAGUUUCAGUGUCUGACACGAGCAACCUUUCAUGGAUUUGCUUUCUGGUUCGAUGUCGAAUUUAGUGGCCCUGUGACAUCCCCUGCUGAUAGCAAUGCACCACCCUUGCAGUCUUCAAGCAAUCAUCCCACUACAAGUGGUCAAAAGAGAAAGCGUGACGAUCCCAUUGAAGCUAUUGUACUGUCAACAGCACCUGACAAGCCACCAACACACUGGGAACAAAUGGUGGUCUACUUGAACAAUCCAAUAGAUGUUGAACAAGGUCACAAGAUUGAAGGUUCUGUGACAUGGACACCUAAUCAAGAAGAAGAUGGUCCCAACGUCCACAUCCGUCUUGAAUACAAGUCAGGUCACCGUUCCUUUGUGAGAGAAGCAGUAAUGCGCUGAUAUAAUUCUUGCUCUUCGCAAAUUCAUUCUCGCCUUUUAAGUAACAAAAAAAAUCCAUACGUUAAGUUCCUAGUUUCUGUUGUGAAGUAUGAUGAUAUAAAUACUUAUUUGUCAGGCAGAAGCGUGUAGACUUUAGAACAGCACUGAAGUAGUAUUCAAACUAAUACUAUCCAUAUUCUGUUGUUUGUAUUA